UGUAUUUUAAGAUUAUCAAUUCUACCAUUGGAUCAGGCCUAAGGGUAACCAGAGCCAAGCCCAGCCCGCCAGAGAUCAGAUCAGCACCUGAAAGUUCCACCAGCCGCUCGUAUUUCCGCUUGCUCCACUCCGGCCACAGGAUUCUGCGACUCGAAGUAGCUCUCUCUCGAAAAUGGCAUUAACAGAUGUCGCAGUUCAAGUGCUUAUUCUCAUAUUUGCCGUCGCCAUGUUCGUAGCCAUCCAAUAUUUCCCCAAACAAGCCCUAAGUAAGCUCCGCACCAAGAACAGAGCUUCCCUGCAGUCCAAUCGCCACUUCAUUCAAGGUACUCAAUUUUUAGCUCGAGCUAAAUCCACAUCUCAAAAAUCUCAAUCUCAAACCCUAGCCAAAAACGCACUCCUUGAAGCCGAAACCGCUAUCUCACUGUCUCCCAGAGACCCCGCUCCUCUACUUCUCAAGGCACUAGCUCUCGAUCUCAUGGGUCACAAAGCAUCUGCCCUAAAAACUAUCGAAUCGGCGCUGUCGUCACCGCGCGUGAAGUCGCUAGAGGGAAGAGAGCGUGGAGAUGCGUUGGUCAAGAUGGCCGAGUUGAAGAUGGCUGUGAAUCGGAGACGGCGAGUUGACUCGGCUAUUGAAGAUUUAAAGGAAGCUGUGAAUCUGAGCGGACAAGGAGAAAGAGCUCAUUGUUUGUUGGGCCAAUGUUACGAGUGGAAAGGAAUGAGGGAAGAUGCCAAAUGGGCUUUUGAGGAGGCCCUGAGGGUCCAACCAGGGUCCGUCGAGGCUCGCAAAGGCUUAGACCGGUUGGGCUCGCAUUGAUGUACUUGUUCAGUAACACUUUAUCAUGUACCAUUAUGUCUAGCAACUCUUUUGGUAAAAUCUUUAGCUUUCUAUCUUAUUGAAAUUGAUCAAA